AAGAGGGCUGUGAUUAAAUAACGUUUUGAUGCUCUUGCUUUACUUCUUUCUCUCCUUUGUUUCAUUCCAUUAACAUGAAGAUCUAGAUCUGGGGUCCAGACAAAUUUCACCGACCCUCUUUCACACUUCUCUCUCUUUUUACUAUUUCAUUCAGUAGGGUUUUGUUCUCUCUUGUCGUCUUGUUGUUUUGUCUGUAGCAUUAAUGUCAGUUUAAUCAAACUCAGUCUCUGAAACACUCUCAGUGACAACAAUCCACUUCAUCACUAAGUUUUCUGUCGACUUUGUCUUUGUCUCUCUCAACAACAGAACAAAUCCAAACACAGUUUCUUGUUUUCGUUAGCAAUGUCUGGUUAUGUGCACCCUCUUCUAGGGCAAGAACUGCAUCUACAGAGACCUGAAGAUUCCAGAAGCCCACCUGACCAAAAUAACAUGGAACUUAACAGAUCUGAAGCUGACGAAGCAAAGGCCGAGACCACUCCAACCGGUGGGGCAACUAGCUCAGCCACCGCCUCUGGCUCUUCCUCCGGACGCCGUCCACGUGGCCGUCCUGCUGGUUCCAAAAACAAACCCAAACCACCGACGAUUGUAACCAGGGAUAGUCCCAACGUCCUUAGAUCUCAUGUUCUUGAAGUCACAUCCGGUUCGGACAUCUCCGAGGCUGUCUCUACCUAUGCAACUCGUCGCGGCUGCGGGGUUUGCAUUAUAAGCGGCACCGGUGCGGUCACUAACGUCACGAUACGCCAACCGGCAGCUCCGGCGGGUGGAGGUGUGAUUACUCUGCAUGGUAGGUUUGAGAUACUGUCUUUGACCGGGACUGCGCUUCCGCCGCCUGCGCCACCGGGAGCAGGAGGUUUGACGGUGUAUCUAGCCGGGGGUCAAGGACAAGUUGUAGGAGGGAAUGUGGCUGGUUCGUUGAUUGCUUCGGGUCCGGUAGUGUUGAUGGCUGCCUCUUUUGCAAACGCAGUUUAUGAUCGGUUACCAAUUGAAGAGGAAGAGACUCCGCCGCCGAGAACAACCGGGGUGCAGCCGGCGGCAUCUCAGUCGUCGGAGGUUACGGGUGGUGCGGGCCAAGCGUGUGAUUCAAGCCUCGGAGGUAGAAACGGAGGAGGAGUCGCUUUCUACAAUCUUGGAAUGAAUAUGAACAAUUUUCAAUUCUCAGGGGGAGAUAUCUUCGGUAUGAGCGGCGGUGGAGAUGGUGGAGGUGGCGGUGUUACCAGACCCGCGUUUUAGCGUUUGGGCGUUUUGGUGACACUUUUUUUGUGCGUUUGUAGCUAUAGCGGUUACGUGGAAUGCGAAUAUUAGGGUUUCUUUUGUUUUCUUUAAUCUUUGGUGUGUGAAAAACGAAAACGAAGCCUUCAGUUUCCUUUUUUUUAUGUUUGUUUAUGAUGAAUAGAAUCGGUAAGUUUUGUAAAA